ACAGUAAUUUUAGCUCUUUCCUUUGUUUUACGUGCUGAUAGCUUCGUAACGUGCCAGCCACCGCAUUCCACUUAAAAUUUGUAUUUUUUGAUGAUUGGUUAUUGUGCAUUACUUCAAAAAGAUUUCGAUACUUUUCUAAGCGUUUAGGGCUGUAGCUAAACCAAUUAUGCGCUAAAACAAAUAAAACGACAGCAAACUAAUUUUAGAAAUGCUAAAAGUGACUCAAAGGAUUAAAUUGUUUUUUAGAAAAUUUAGUCGUAAUUGAUUAAUUUACUUUCACAUUCAAUAUAUAAACAGUGUGUAUACCUAUUAUUCCUACUACCUCUAAAAAAGAGAAACAUUAUCACCCUGUAGAAAGGGACGUUUUAGCCUGAGGGUGCAAUCGAGCCAGCGUCAUUUAGAGGUCUAAUUUUUUGACCUCACUCUCUUAUUCGGGAUGCAAUAUCCAAUAUUAAAUUUAUAAUUCUUGAUAUAUCCAUACUAUUUUAAUAUUGAUAUAUUAUUAUCAGCACUACUCUUUGACUUUGUCGAUUGGUGGUAUUGUAAAUUGUUUGAUGUUAGUCAUUCGUUCAUAGGAUUAUAGUCAUCUCUAAUUUAAAUGUCAAUGUCAAUGUCAAUAAAAACAAUUUGUAGAAAAGUCAAAAGUCUUGAAACUUGCUUAAAACACUUCACCAAUUUACUUUGUGUGAUUGUUUGAUAGAAACAGAGCUUUCUUAUUUUAUAAAUAUUGCAUUUAUCAUGUCACAAGGAAGAGCAAUAAAAUUGGAGUUGUUUAAUUACUCGUUUGCUCAAAACUGUUAAAUAAAAGGCCAGUCUCGCGGUGUGUGGGCUGUCAGGAUUAUUGAUUACUUUUAUUUCUUAAAAGGAAUGUAUGGAAACGUUAUGCAUUGAUAUUAGUCAUCCUAUUUAUAUUAUAAUGUAAGGUAACCACACAAUGAUAAUUUGCCGAAGUGUGUAAUGUGCUUUAAAAAUGAAAACUAAAAGUUUUCUUCUCUUUUCAACGUCGGUUUUUGCAAUAAGUAUAUAUUUGAUAGUAUUCCAUUCUCAACCGCCUCCGUCUAUCCAAAACAUUGUAACACAAACGCAUCAGCAUAUUAAAGAUUUCCAGGAGAACCUGCGUGAUGUGGAAGAGAAUCAUCUGGUACAAGAGGAACGUUACUUCCGCCUGCUGGGGUUGGACGGGCACUUGGAGCCCUGGCACAACACCACGCAGCCCGUCCUAGUGACGCAUGCGCGCGGGGACGAGCACGCGCUCGCCGUCACGUUUGUGCGCGCUGCAGCCCGCCUGCCGUACACGGUGCUUCUGUACAACUUAGGAUUAAAACCAUAUUCUUUGGCAAUGGUGUCAAAUUAUUGUAACUCGUCUAAGUGUGCAAUUAUAGACUUCGACUUGGAGGCGUUUCCGUCUCACGUCAGCGACGAAAGCAUACACGCAUUUCGCCCCCUCAUCAUACAGCACGCGCUGGCGCGGACCGGCGGCGUGGUGUUCUGCGAGAGCGGGCAAGUGUGGGGGGGUGGGGCGGAGGCGCUGGGCGCGGUGUGGGAGCGCGCGCGCACGUCGCGCGGGGGCGUGGUCGCGUGGCCGCGCCGCGCCGCCGUCACCUCGCUCACGCACCCGCGCAUGUUCCACUACUUGCACGCGGACAUCGACGACUUCCUCUUCGUGCAGAUGGUGGACGCGUCCCGCCUGGUCGUGGCCAACGUGCCCGCCGUCGCUGACGUCAUGCGACCCUGGAUUCAGUGCGCGCUCACGCUAGACUGCAUCAUGCCCAUAGGCGCGCAGUCGGGCGGGUGUCGGUUCGACAAGAAGCCGCAGUAUCGGUACUCGGGGUGUCACGGGCAGGACGCGUCGGCGCUCAGCAUCAUCCUGGGGCUCCGCUCCGGGUUCGAGGAGUCGCAGUACGCGUGGCGCGGGGCGCGCGCGCAGUGGCGCCGCGUCACGGCGGCGGCGGCGCGCGCGCACCUCGUCACGCUGCGCCGCAACGCCACCGACCAGGACCUCGCCACGCCGCCCCGCCCAGCGUGA